UCAGUCAUGUGAUCAGCUAGCACUGAUGAUCAGUGUGCCCUGAUGAUCUGUGUAACCCAGCAGUGCCACCUGUCAGUGUCCAUCAGUACCAGCUGUCAGUGCUCAUCCAUGCCACCUGCCAGUGCCCAUCAGUGCCACAUUUCAGUGCCUAUCAGUGCACAUCAAUGCCACAUAUCAGUGCCCAUCUGAGCUGCCUUUCAGUGUCACCCAUCAGUGCCACUCAGUGCUGCCAGUCAGUGCCAGUCAGUGCCGCCUAUCAGUGUACAUCAGUGCCGCCUAUCAGUGCCCGUCAGUG